AUGGCCUCCACGAAACAGGACCGAGACCCCAACGGUAUCAACGUACAUAUACAGGCUGACUUUAAGGACGUGUUUGCGGAGAGUGAUGGUACCCAGAGCGUGGAUUGUGUUUGGGACACGUCACAACAGUGUUUCUCGUGUAGUAAGAACUGCUGUUACAACUUCCUGGCUGUCCUCUGUGGACUCUGUCUGGCCUUUUUCUGGGGAUUCCAGUUCGCCUGCGUGGCGUUUGAGCACGUGUGGUGUUUAACUCCUGCCAUUAAGAUCUUUGUCAUCAACUGUAGCGCCAUGCAGAAGUGUGUUGGAAAUCUCGUCGGUUGUGUUCUUGCGCCACUUUGCGAGACGUGUGGUCUGAUGUUUUCCAACAUCACAAUCCAACACACUGGAAAUAAAGGAUGA